GUGAGCAGAGAGUGCACGAGCGAUGCAAAUCGGGUAUGGACUCACAAGAAUUGCGAAUCGGGCAGUGUUGUGAAGGUGAAAAAGUUUAGGGUAAGCAACACGGAUGAGGUGGGGACGCGUACAACUGUUUAAACUUCGUGGGCAAAAAAUCCAGGUUGAGUAACAGCAAUCUCCUUAAAAAAUGGAAGCGGGUCAGCCUUCUCUGUCCACUGAUCAGUACUCCUCUCCGAUGUGUCUGGAUGCCCUGAAUGAGCCGAUCACUAUCUCGUGUGGACACAGCUAUUGUAUAGACUGUAUUAAUGACUACUGGGACAAGUCGGACACACCAGGAAUUUACAAGUGUCCUGAGUGCAGAUUAACGUUUACAGUAAGGCCUCAGAUUAAGAAAAAUGCAAUGCUAAACGAUAUUUUGGAGAAACUGAAGGGCGCGGAAUCCGAUGUCGGUCCGUCUCAGAGUUACGCAGGACCUGACGAAGUCUCCUGUGAUGAGUGUUCAAGGAGAAAAAGGAAAUCUUCAAAGACCUGCCUGACCUGCAUGGCUUCCUACUGUGAGGCUCAUUUGCAGCCUAACCGCAGGUCUGAAGCCUUCAAAAGACACAAACUGGAGGAGGCGACUGGAAAACUGCAAGAUAAACUCUGCGCGAAACAUCACAAAGUUCUGGAAAUCGUCUGUAGAACGGAUGACACCUGCGUCUGCUUACUUUGUGUGGCGACUGAACACAAGAGUCAUGACACGGUGACACCUGAGGAAGAAAGAACAGAGGCAGGUGAGGGGAGGAGUAGGAAAGGAAAACAUGUAAUACUGGAGGGCUUUUAUUUUGAAAUGCAUACCUUUCGUUUGAGAAGCGAGGCUGUUGCUCAAAGCUGUAGAAAUCCGGGGGUCUUUUACAUGUCAUUUUCCAAUCACAUCGUCAAGUUUGCGGACGAUACAACCGUGGUUGGUCUCAUCACCAACAAUGACGAAGCCAACUACAGGAACAAGGUGAGCCAACUGGUCCAGUGGUGUAAAGACAAAAAUCUCUUCCUGAACUUGGGAAAGACUAAAGAGAUUGUGGUCGAUUUCAGGAGAGGUCAUUCACAUCACCUCCCAUUGACCAUCGACAGUGCAGCUGUGGAAAGGGUGAGUAGCACCAAGUUCCUGGGGACGUACAUCUCCGAGGACCUCUCCUGGUUAGAUAACACCACAUUACUGGCCAAGAAAGCUCAUUCCCACCUCUACUUUCUAUGCAAACUGAGGAGAGCACAAGUUCCACCUCCCAUCAUGUGCUCUUUCUACCGGGGCACAAUCGAGAGCAUCCUCACCCGCUGCAUCUCUUUGUGGUAUGGAAGCUACAUUGCCUCUUUGAGGUAUGGAAGCUACAUUGCCUCCUGUAAGAAGUCCCUGCAACACAUAGUGGAUGCGGCCAAAACAACACCUGUGUGUCAGACAAGAUCUCUGUUCAUGAUGGCAGCAGCUAAAUCUUCUGCGUCUGUGGUUCAGCAUUCCUGCUCAAUGUGUCUGGAUGUCCUGAAGGAGCCAGUCAGCCUCACAUGCGGGCACAACUACUGUAUGGGCUGUAUAAGUGAGUACUGGGACCAGUCAGAGACAGAUGGAAUCUACAACUGUCCUCAAUGCAGGGAAAUAUUCAAUGAGAGGCCAGCGAUCAAAAGAAAUGAUAUGUUAAAAGAUAUAAUAGAGAAAGUAAAAGACAAGGACAUCAUUGUUUCUCAAUCUCAGAGUUACACAGGAUCUGAUGAUGUGCCCUGUGAUGUGUGCAAUGGGAAAAAAAUGAGGGCUGUGAAGACCUGCCUGACCUGUGUGGUUUGUUAUUGUGAGAUUCACCUUCAGUCUCACCUCAUGUCUGAAGCUCUGAGGAGGCACAAAUUGUUGGAGCCGACUGAAAAUAUUGAAAAUAAACUUUGUAAAACACAUAAGAAAGUCCUAGAAGUCUUCUGUAGGACCGAUGACACCUGCAUCUGCUUAAUGUGUGCAACAACUGAACACAAAAGUCAUGACAUGGUGACACCAGAAGAAGAGAGAGCUGAGAGACAGAGCCAGCUAGAGAACAGAAAGGCAGAAAUGAAAAAGAAAAUUCAGGAGAAAGAGAAGGAACUGGAGGAGAUGAAGGGCGCCAUGAUGAAGAUUCAGUGCUCUGCAGAUAGUGAAGUACAGAAAAAUGAGGAGAUCUUCAGGUCUCUUCUCCAGUCCAUUGAAAGGCUGAGAUCAGAGGUUACAGAGGUGAUUAAAGAUUAUGAGAGGAAGGAACUGAGAAAGGUUGAAGAGGUCAUCAAGUGGUUGGAGAAGGAGAUCAAGGAACUGAAGAGGAGAGACACGGAGCUGGUCGAGCUUUCACAGACUGAUGACUGCAUCUACUUCCUAAAGAAGUUGCCAACUCUCUGUGUCCCACUGGAUGAUAAAGACAAACCAGACAUCAGUAUAAAUGGAGGCCUGCUUCCCGAGACCCUGAAGAAGAACCUGACUGAUUUGAAAAGGAGUCUGGAGGAGAUCAGUGGCUGGAAGUUUGUAAAAAGAUGUGAGACUGGAGUCAACUCUCCAGGUCACGUCCUACAGAAUCUCAGACUUAGAGAUCGGUUUUUAAAAUACGCCUGUCCGCUCACCAUGGACCCCAAUACAGCAAACAGACGGCUUCACCUGUCUGAAGAUAACAAAAAGGUGACAGACAAGAAGACAGGGACCCAGUAUCCUAAUCAUCCGGACAGAUUUGACUAUUGGGAACAAAUUUUGUGCACAGAGGCUUUAAGAUGGACUUGCUUUUACUGGGAGGUUGAGUGGAGUGGCAGUGGAGUGGCGAUUGGGGUGACAUAUAAAGGAAUCAGUAGGAAAGGAAAGAGCGAGGAGUGUCGCCUUGGACACAAUAAAAAGUCAUGGUCUUUGACCUGCUCUGAUUCCAAUUUCUUUGUGUGGCACAAUAACAAAUCUACUACAGUCAGCGUGCCCUACAGUCACAGAAUAGGCGUGUAUCUGGACUGUCUCACUAGUUCCUUGUCAUUUUAUAGCGUCUCAGACACAAUGACCCUCCUACACACAUUCAAAAUCUCCUUCACUGAACCAAUCUAUCCAGGGUUUGGGGUUGGAUGGGACUCCAGUGUAACAAUCUGUCCUCUGAACCUGUCUGACUAGUGAUCGGUAUCCCCUGCAGAUCACUUUAUGUCAUUCUGUCAUACAGGCUAUCUUGUUAUUUUGGACUGCAGUAGAAAAGCCAUUGGUAUUUGCUGGAGCUCAUUUCUCAUUUCAAUCCUUGUACCUCACCGAACACACACACAUACACACAAACACACACACAAAGAGUCACUGGCUGCCCUGCCAUGUCUUUUCUUACAAUGACCAUGGACAGAUGUGGUCAGCUGAGCCUCCAUCUUUCAAUGUGGUCAUCAUCAAAAAAACAGUUUACGUUCAGCAAAAUUUAAACUCAGCCUGAAGCGGAAUACCAUGGCACGUUGAGUCAAAUUCCCAUCACCCAGAAAUUGAUAUCCUAAUUUGUCUUGUAAAUAUCAAAUAACAAGUACAAAUCUGAAAUCAGAGCCGUCUGGUAAAUUCUUUUUGUUUAUUGUAUUUUAAUCCACUCAGUGGUACAGUGGUUAGCACUGCUACUUCACAGCUCCAGGAGCCUGGGUUCAAACCGGUCUGGUUACUGUCUGUGUGACAUUCCCAUCAACUUUCUGUGUCCAUGUAAGUUUUUUUCUCAAUUUCCUACUCCUAUCCCAAAGUCCUGUGUUUUUAUAAACCUAAAAAUGGGCAGCUUAUGUGCAGAAUGUACUCUGAUAUGGACUGGCAUCUUGUCCAAGGUUGGCUCCUGUCUUAAGGUCAGAGUGAUAUCUUGCUUCUUAAAAGUAAUGGAUGAAUUAAUGACUCCUUUUUUCUUUAUUCUAUUCACUGAUGCUUUCUCAUAUUUGUUUUUAGUCAGCUUGGCUGACAAAAUGAUGAUGCUGACCAACAUUAUGUUAGCAGUUAUGCAGUAUAUAGUGACUUCACCAGGUAGGCGGGUGAACUAAAUCAAAUCAGCUGGCCAUGAUGGAGAGUGGCUUCCCACCAUGACCGUGACAGAGGUGAUAUAAUCCACAAAUGAUGUGAAGGGUUUAUAGAACUGCAGAAUAAAACAUAAAGGAUUGGAUCAACAAAUCUGCAGAGUAAUAUUUAGAGACUUGAGGUGGUGAGGCAACAUGGAAAACACAAGAGAAUAAUUAAAUAUUUACUAUGAGAGGAUGCCAGUUUAAUUGCCCAACUAUAUUCAGAUGUGUAACCACCAUCAGAGCAGACUCUAUCUGCCCUGUUCAAAACGGAUAGAUAGAUAGAUAGAUAGAUAGAUAGAUAGAUAGAUAGAUAGAUAGAUAGAUAGAUAGAUAGAUAGAUAGAUAGAUAGAUAGAUAGAUAGAUAGAUAGAUAGAUAGAUAGAUAGAUAGAUAGAUAGAUAGAGUGUGACCACCAGGGGACAACUCAGAACAACGAACACCAGACACAGCUCAACCAAACACAAUUUCAGAUAAAAUAAAAGGUGGUUCAAUAAAUAAUAAUUUUUCAGCAAAUUCUUCAAUCAGUCCAGCACAAUCAAUAAUGCAAUUAGUCACCUUCCAUCUCUUUAGUGUGGUUUAUUUGAAAUAUUAUGUGCUUAGAGGGUCUCACUUUUAGUUUAUAGGGUAGUUUACUACUUAUAACUACAAAGCACAACUAAAAGGAUCCUUUGCUUAUUUUCCCUCCUAUUAUUGAUAAAGAUGCAGACGGGCUGAAGAGUGUAGAGCUACUUAUUAAUUUGAAAAAUUGAAUUUCAUGCCAUUUUUCUUAAGAUUUGAGUGGAUUGUUAUCCUUCUAUCAUCAGCUUUCCUUAGGGAUUUAUGACGCUAAGACGAUCACACCUGUUGAUUACCUAUGGAUGUGCAAUCAUAGUUUACUCUUUAAUUAAACAAGCCAUAACAAUUGUGUAGUGAUUUCAUAUCAUUUUGCAUUUUCUUAAGUAUUUAUCGAGAGGAGGUUGACUAUUGUUUUCAUUGUCAUUAUUAAUAUCAUUUUUUUUAAAGGAUAGUUCUAUUUAUUGAUUUUUUUUUUAAAGUAUAAGUGUCAAAGACAUAUGGCGCACCACAAGAUUAACACUUUAAGAAUGCUGUAGUUUGGUAAAAGUCGUAUAUUAAAGAGGGUGAAUACUUA